AUGGCAGCAGCUGCUGCUUCAGGGUCCCCGAUACCCCCAAAUCCAACUGUCUAUGUUCGAAAUUUAGAAGAAAGAAUAAAAAUCGAGCAAUUAAAGGAAGCGUUGACCGAGAUCUUUUCCGAGUAUGGUUCAAUCCUCGAGAUAGUCGCGAAAACGAACCUGAAGGCAAAAGGACAGGCAUUCAUUGUGUUUGAUAAUGUUGACUCUGCUACUCGCGCAAUCGAUGAGGUUAAUGGCUUUGAGUUGUUCGAGAAACCUAUGGUUUUAGAGUAUGCGAAGACGAGAAGCGACGCGACGGUAAUGAGAGAAGGAGGGGACGAGGAGUUAGAGGCUCAUAAGCGGAGAAGAUUGGCUGAAAAAGAACGCAAGCAAGCACAGGAAGCUCUAGAAGCUCAGAAGAAAUUAAAACGCCCUGCUGGUGCAGCCGGUGCAGCUGGAGGGCCAGAUUCCCGUCCAGCAAAGACAGCCAAGGGAGCUGGGCUUAAGCCUAUAGGUGCAGCUGCAGCACCAGUCAUUCCCGACGAAUACUUGCCACCAAACAAGAUCUUGUUCUUAAGGGAACUGCCCGAGACGUAUGAUGCGGACGGUCUGAGCGCUAUAUUCGGAAGGUUCCCCGGCUUUAAAGAAGUCCGCAUGGUCCCAGGGAGAAAGGGUAUUGCGUUCGUCGAAUAUGAUAAUGAGUCUGGAGCAAUCAGCGCAAAGGAGGCUACAUCAGGCAUGGCUCUUGGUGAAAACGAAAAGCCAAUUAAGGUUACGUACCAGAGACAGUAA